GUGAUGUUGAUGCUCAACUGGUGAUCGUACCUCGUAGAACAUGACGAUGCAUGGCCCGUGCGAAGUGCACGGACAGGACGACUUCGCUAAGCGAGUAGCGCCCACUGAGAUUCGGGUCUUGCGAGGAAGGAGCAAACAUCACCACACCCGUCACCCCGUCGCCCUCACUAACCGACAGACAAAAAUCAGUCAAGAUGGUCAACGUUCCCAAGACACGCCGCACCUACUGCAAGGGCAAGGACUGCAAGAAGCACACCCAGCACAAGGUCACCCAGUACAAGGCCGGCAAGGCUUCUCUGUUCGCCCAGGGAAAGCGUCGUUACGACCGCAAGCAGUCCGGUUACGGAGGUCAGACCAAGCCCGUCUUCCACAAGAGGGCUAAGACCACCAAGAAGGUCGUCCUCCGUCUGGAGUGCACAGCUUGCAAGACCAAGGCACAGGUACGGAUAUCUCGAACACUUUCAACGGACACGGCUGACGAACAUGACAGCUCGCCCUCAAGCGAUGCAAGCACUUCGAACUCGGUGGUGACAAGAAGACCAAGGGUGCCGCCCUUGUCUUCUAAGCGUGUCUCUUUCUCUCUCUUUUGCUGGGCCCUCGGCGUAGUCUUCAGGCGGACGGGAUGGACGGCUUUCCCAAUCGACUCAUACUAUGCAUCAAUGCAACGAAAUGAAAGUGGAGUGAUAACGGAGCAUCUGGGGAUGAACAGGUUGCGACCCACGAAUUCAACGGAUUGUAACCAACAUUUGCAUCAAAUCGAGCUUGAUUGAAAGGAUCCUUGUUCACUUGCGUGAGUUGCAAUAUCUGUGAUACUAUGUGCUUCAUGAAGCGCUGCACUGUGCCGGGGAUCUUUCCGCCGGCGGGAGCCACUUUCGCUGCCCCUCCACCCCACCAAACGCGUCUAACGCGCGCCCCGUCGAUCUCCACAAGUAUACUUACACCUGAAAGACCGUUCUGGUGAUUGGCGCGGGCUCUGUGGGUGCAAUUGCCGCGCUGAACCUCGAAGUCGGCGGUCUCGCCUCAGUCACUGUUGCUCUCAGGUCGAAUUACCACGUCGUCAAAGAGCAGGGAUACACGAUCGAAAGCUGUGAUCAUGGAUCGCUAAAGGGGUUCAGGCCGAGUGCUGGUGUGCUUCAUC